AUGGAUCUGGCCAAUCUCCUUCACGGUGCCGCCCCGGCCCCCAAGGUCUAUUCCGAGACUUACGGCAAGCGAUCGAUGCAAGCGCCGCUCUCCCCACCAGUCGAGGACCAGCCCAAGUGUUCGCUGCCCUCGAUCUCAACUUUGUUGGAAGGUGCCGAUGGCGCCCAACACGCAGCCAAGCGACAACGCCUCAGCCCCCCAUUGCGCGAGCGGGACACCCGGUACGACUCCGUCUGCCUCCCGCCGACGCCCCCGCUGCGCCCAGGCUCGGGCUCCGGCCACCGCCAGUCGCCCCUAGAGCUGGGCAAGUCCGACCUCCCCCACCGCGCCUCCGUCUCUAGCACCACCAGCUCGUCCGCCCCGCAUAUCUCGCGCGCUGGUCCCUACGCCUCUCCUGCGCCCAGCGUCUCUUCUUCCUACACAUCGCCCGUUGAGGCGCCGCCCUCUCAGAGCAACAACCUUUACUAUGCCCGCCCACCUCCCACCACCGCCUCUCCCACCGUCAGCACCCCCACCUCCACCACUUUCCAGCCUGCGCCGUCCGUGACUGCACCCCCAAUGCCUACCCAGCAACCUCCUGCGCCUUCGCCCGCGCUCAUCUCGCCCGUCACCCCGGCCUGGCAGCACCACCACUACUUCCCGCCCUCCAGCUCAGCCCCCUACCAGCAGAACCAUGACCGAUAUAUCUGCCGCACUUGCCACAAGGCCUUCUCGCGCCCCUCCAGCCUGCGCAUCCACUCCCACUCGCACACUGGCGAGAAGCCCUUCCGAUGCACCCACGCUGGCUGCGGCAAGGCCUUCUCCGUGCGCAGCAACAUGAAGCGUCACGAGCGUGGCUGCCACUCCGGUCGCCCCGUGGCCCCUCCGGCCCCCACGACCCUGGUCUCAUAA